CUCACGCUCCUAUAUAUAUAGUGCUUAGGGUUUAUACAUGGAGAUAUAGAAGAAAGAAAGGGACAGCGAAAGAAAAAAAGAUAAGCAGCGCUACCACCAUCAUCAAAACAAGAUGAAGAGAAUCUCCAGCUUUCUGCUAAUGUUUUUGCUUGCAGCAUUCAUAAUAUUCAUGUCGCUGAAGCAAUCUGAAAACUUCAGUGGCGCCGAGUAUGAUGUUCGUAUAGUGAACGGGUUCACGGACAAUUCAUCGCUGGCUUUGGUGAUUUGGUGCACAUCCGACAACAAGGAUAUAGGUGGGCGUGCCCUUCAGGUGGGUGAUGAUUUCAGCUGGAGUGUGAAAACCAAUUUAUGGGGAGCCACUCCUUUCCACUGCACCAUGAAAUGGGAUGCAACGAGGAAGCAGUUUGAUGCCUUUCAGGUCCAGCGGGACGUUCAACGAUGUGGCCCUCUUAGGACCUGCUUCUGGUUGGUCAGAGAGGAUGGAUUUUAUUUUAGCAAUGACCAAGUCAACUGGAAGAAAGAUUUUUCAUGGUAAGUGUGAUUGAUUCAAUUUAGGGCUGUCGCCUGUGGACUGCAUGACUCCUAUCUGACCUCUUACUGCCAAUAAUGGCUGCAUUGUCUGUAGAGUAUGGUUAGUGCGGUUAGGAUCAAGUAACAUGUGUAGCAGCCAUCUCCAGUCAUUAAUGGUAUCUAUGCCAUAUUUCCUUCUACACAUUCAGCCAUGACUAAGUAUUCAGUUGUCUUUUCCUUUUCUUUUUUUUUUGAUAGAAAAUAUUGCAAGCUUCCAUGUAAUGUCUAAAUGCCUUACAUAUAAAGGGAGCCCUUCAUAUA